AUAAUCCAUAUCCACCAAACGGAUAAGUAGGAUUUGUUCAUCUCCAAUUCCUCUGCAAAAGAGGUUUACCAUUUUCAAUGCCGACAUGAUGUUAGGAGAAGACCACGUGGGUGCAAAGGUGGGAAAAACUGCCUUAGCGUGGGUUCUUAGACAAACGAACGUUUGGUACAUGCUGUAUCAUUUUGCACAGAAAGCGAGUAAAGACAGCAGCUUUUCGCAACUUCAAACCGAAGUCUCAAUUCUAGACGACUUAUUCACUUGGGAUGAUCCAAGUGAUCACAACAAUUUGUUGGAGGGAUUUAACAUAAAUUCACAAUACAAUCGGAAUAGAGCAGACGUAUUCUCAAAUGGCUCACUCAACAAUUCGCCACCUUUCGCCUCAAACCUGCAGGGAGCGCAUUCACAUCUACACUCAGUUUCACAGAAAGAUACUGGAGGACUCUUACAGGUGAUGCAGCCAGCAAGCAAUCCUGGAUCGCCUCCACCAAGUCCUCCUCUGGCAUCCCCCAUUGGACAAGGGGGUACUUCAGAUCCUAACUGGCAAGCGUUAAAACCGACAGUUCGGGAAAGAAACGCAGCAAUGUUUAAUAACGAUCUCAUGGCGGACAUCAGAUUUGUAGUGGGAUCUCCUGGUUGCACUCAGGUAAUUCCCGCACAUAAAUACGUGCUGGCCACUGGAAGCUCAGUGUUUUAUGCCAUGUUCUAUGGAGGAUUGGCGGAAUGCAAGGAAGAAAUAGAAGUUCCUGACGUUGAGCCCUCUGCAUUUCUAAUAUUGCUCAAAUACCUCUACUGUGAUGAAAUACAAUUAGAAGCUGACACAGUCUUAGCCACAUUAUAUGUAGCGAAAAAGUACAUAGUGCCCCAUUUGGCACGUGCUUGUGUAAACUAUCUCGAAACUAGUCUAACUGCAAAAAACGCUUGCUUGCUGCUCAGCCAAUCCAGGCUAUUUGAGGAGCCCGAGCUGAUGCAACGCUGUUGGGAGGUGAUCGAUGCUCAGGCGGAAAUGGCCCUCAAAUCAGAAGGAUUCGUUGACAUUGAUAUGUCCACAUUAGAGUCGGUAUUAAGUCGUGAAACUCUAAACUGCAAGGAAAUGAACCUUCUAGAAGCUGCUCUAAACUGGGCCGCUGCCGAAUGCGGAAGAAGAGACAUGGAAGCAACUCCUCAAAAUAAACGAGCCAUGCUAGGCAAUGCUCUUUAUUUAAUCAGAAUACCGACAAUGACGCUGGAGGAAUUUGCAAACGGGGCCGCUCAAAAAGGAAUUUUAACGCAACAAGAAACCAUUGAUAUAUUUUUCCAUUUCACCGCCAAUAACAAGCCAAGCCUGCAGUACCCCAUUAAAGCCCGAGCAGGACUGAAAAGUCAGAUUUGUCAUCGUUUCCAAUCGUGCGCUUAUCGUUCAAAUCAAUGGAGAUACCGAGGAAGAUGUGACAGUAUUCAGUUUUCGGUGGAUAGAAGAAUUUUUGUUGUUGGUUUUGGAUUAUAUGGAUCUUCGAAUGGUGCGGCUGACUACUCAGUGAAAAUUGAACUGAAACGCUUAGGAAGAGUUUUGGCUGAGAACAACAACACGUUCUUCUCAGAUGGAUCAAGCAAUACGUUUCAUGUGUAUUUUGACAAUCCUAUACAGGUUGAACCAGAAACAUUUUAUACAGCAUCUGCGGUGUUAGAUGGAGGCGAGUUAAGUUAUUUUGGACAGGAAGGCAUGAGUGAAGUUACAGUUGGACAAGUGACUUUCCAGUUUCAGUGUUCCUCAGAAAGUACGAACGGUACGGGCGUACAAGGAGGCCAAAUUCCGGAGUUAAUUUUUUACGGCCCUACUCAUGACGAGCACUGAGAGUGUGUCACGUUUAGAUUAGCAAUAAUGUAGCAUUUAGUCGGACCUCUUGAAAUUGUGUAUAUAUACAAUUGGUACGUUCAAUUUCCAUAUUGCUGGCAAAUUAUUGAUCUCUACUCUGGGAAUCCUCUGAAUAUUAUGACACAGAUGAGGGCUAAUCAUGCGAAUUUAGCAAAAAGCGAAAAGUAAGUCAAUGUAUAUUAUGUAUACAAACUGCACAAGUAGAGCAAAUAAUGCCGAUAAAAUCUUAACCGAAUUCGCACGUAUGUAUGUCAGUUAAUAUUAUGAUAUUUAAAUAGAAAAUAUUCGCAAAUAAUUACAAAAGGCAUUUUAAAAUUCCUCAUCAUUUUCAGUAUUUGAAACGAAAAAUUUCAUUCAGCUAUAAGUUUCUCGAAAAUUAUUUUCUACUGUUAAAUACAUUUACGGUUGCUCUUAUUUCAGUUUCUUUCGAUGUCGUCUUUUUAUGUUAUAUGUAUUUAUCACCUAUUUUUGUUCGAGCCCGUAAAGAAAAUAGGGCAAUUUCAAACACCCUUGAUAAACGCGUUUUACAUUUGGACCUUUGAUUUUCUAGCGCAAGAUUAUUUGCGAAAUCCGUUUUCACUUGAUUUUAUACAUUUUCCUUCUGAUUCACAGUAGCUGAUUUAUUUGUUUGUGGUUAAUUGGAAAUAUUUCAGUUCAAGUUAACCACCACUGCUUUUUAAUUCCAACUUUAUAUUAAGUGCUGUGACCUUUAAAAGCUUAGUCUGAUUUUGUGCUCCGCAUUCAAAGACUGCUUGGUAUUUUGAAACCUUUUUUAUUGUAUUUUAGGGGUAAAGCUUAAAAACCAAAAGUAGUAAUAAGAUCAUUCGUUUCGAUUCGUCAGGAUUCGAUUGCACUUUAGCGAUAAGUUUAUGUUUUGUGUACAUUUCGAUAUUUUGUCUUUGUUGUUGAACUGAUUUAUCAUCGAUCCUAAACUAAGUAUGAUGUAACUACCAUUGAAAAACAUAUUUCAGCAGAGCAAUGUAUUAAACUUAAGAUUAAUAAGG